CCACAUCAAGAUAUAGCGAAUUCACUUCAAAGGUUCUAAGUUAUAACUCAAAGUUCAGCAAAAAUGGCAAAUCUUGUUUUAAUCCUAAUUAGUCUUCUUGCCAUUGGAUGGACACUAGUACACGCUGGUGAACCUAGCCCGCUUCAAGAUUUCUGCGUAGCAGACUUCGAUAGUCCAGUGAGAGUGAAUGGUCAUGCAUGUCUAGACCCUAAAAAGGUAACAGCCGAUCACUUCUUCUUCGAAGGACUACAUAAACCUGGAAACACAUCAAAUCCCUUGGGGUCCUUCGUAAACCGGCCGACCGUGGAUGAAAUUCCCGGGCUCAACACUCUUGGCAUCUCCACCGUACGAGUCGACUACGCACCACGUGGGGUUGUUCCUCCCCAUCGACACCCACGAGCAUCAGAAAUUUUGAUAGUGCUGGAGGGGGAAGUACUUGUCGGAUUUGUCACCUCAGAUUCAGAAAACAAGCUGUUUUCGAAAGUUUUGAAGAAGGGUGAUGUUUUUGCCUUCCCAUUUGGGCUCAUUCACUUUCAACAAAAUGUUGGGCAUGGGAAUGCUGUGACUAUAGCCUUCUUGAGCAGCCAGAAUCCGGGUGUCAUUCCCAUUGCUAAUACUGUUUUUGGAUCAAAUCCAUCUAUUAAUGAUGAUUUACUAGCCAAGGCCUUCCGAGUUGACAAAUCGAUCAUCCGUAAUCUCAAAUCCCCAUACUAAGGGUCUCUCUUUCUCUACGUAUAACAGCCUCGAGUUGGUCUUUUAGAUUGGCAUAGGCAAGGUUCUUACCAUUUUCAGGCACGACACGAGGGAUAAAUACCUUACUAGUAUUUGAAUUAGAAUGCUAGACGGAGGAUGUAACUUCUAUUUCAUUAGGCUAUCUGUUAUUAAUUUGUUUCAUUAAUUAUUAAUUUGUUUCAUUAAUUAAAGUUUUUUAUGUUAA